AUGACCAAUCCAUCAGCACUGCACCAGCCUGCCCAGUACGAUGCAUCCAGUGCCAAAUCUUCCAGCGCUGCUUCACCGGGCGUCGCGUCGCUCAGGUCUCGCUUCGAAGCUAUGCAAUCCGCCAGCUCGCGGCCACCAGUGCAUACCAGCAACGGCUACAUCAGAGGCCAGUCUUUCCCAGAGCAGCGCAGCAGCGUAUCGAGCGGCGCUAUGAAUGGAAGGAAUGCCGCUGCAUCCAGCUCUAUGCCUGCUCCGCCCAUCUUGCGACACGGGCCUCGAACUCCACCCGCCUUGCCAUCCACAUCCGCUCCAUCCAUGUUCGGUGCGGAGCUGCCUGUGCCCACAGACAGCCCUACAACAAUACAAAAUCCAGCGAGCGGCUCCAGUCGCGCCCCCAUCUACACAACCGAAAGGGGUCCCUUGCCAGACCCACCCAAAGAAAGAAGGACGCCUCCUCCACCUCCUGACCGAGCGCGCGCGAACGGUCAACCCGGCGCACAGGCUCAGUCACAGGCUCGCGCCUACAACAACGGCCCUGUCACCAGCUUCACUGCAGGCGAGCCAAUGCCUGUCCCCACGUCUGCUGCGCCGACCUGGCUCCACGCUGCGGCUCCUCGAGUGCCUGUUCGGUCUCGUGGCAUGCUUCCACGUGACAGCAGCAAGGCUUCUUUAGGAUCCAUGGCGGCCAUAAGCAUGGAAUGGGCAGAGGAAACCGACGCACGCAGCGCUGCGGACUCUGCUGCUGCUGCGUCUUUGCCUUCCAGAGGUAGAGCAUCAGUGUCGUCCUCUACCAGCUCCACCAUUGGUCGCCCUCCCAUACCGACCCGUCCAGCGGCGACUCAAUCAGCAUCUCAGCCCAAUUUGGCUAGUCGUCGCCCAGAAGCUAGCGCUUCUCAGACACAUUUGUCCCCGCCCCUGCCUGCUCGUCCGGUCGCUUCGACCGCGCAUGUCGGCAGUGCACGACCUUUGAGCACCACGAAUGCUCCUCCGAUCCCGCCAUCUAGGCCAAACUUUACCUCUGAUUCGCCAGACACGAUCAACAAGGCUCGUCCUCUUCCGCCACCUUUGCAUCCGUCGCUCGCCUCGCAACAUGGCGCCUCACUGCCUAGUGGUAGCAAAACAGCUCCGGUAACACGUCUGCCUUCUCCGGAUCUACCUCCAACAGCUAAAGAUGCAGCAAUUCAGCUUCCCCCUCCUCCUCAACGCGCUGCUGCCCGUUUGAGCCCCGAUAUUGGGGGCGCAGCCUUGCUCAAGCCUGGUUCGUCCAAUCGUUCCAGUACCUCGACGCCCUCUGGUCGAAGCAGCUCUCAUGGCAUGUCACCGGACGAGCUCGAAGAGAGCAGCGAGUCAUCGGGAGAUAACGAAAUCUCGCCGACUACUUCAGGACGUGCUGGAGUGGCGAUAGGCCACGCACAUAUGUUUUCUUCAUCGCCAAUAUCCAGGCAGAUUUCCUCCGGCGAAGCUCCUCACUUUGCAGCCUCCCUUCCUGAUGCCAGUAGGAUCAACCGGCGACCUCCCUCCCUGCCCUCCUCGACGACUAUCCUCAAGAACAGCUUUGUGUGCGCAGCGCAGCGAGGCAAGACUUUAGUCACUGCUCAUCACAGCGGCGAAAAGUUGAGGGUGUACAGGGUGGGAGUACCUGAAGGAAGGGUCAGCUUGGAGAGUGGCUGGCACGUCAAUUGCUUGCUAUUUGUGCCACCUGCUGCUGGAGCUGCCAAGUUGGCUCACGAGAUCCAAGAAGCGCAAGAGAGGUGGUUGUGGGCUGGAACGAAAGAGGGACACGUCCUCCUCGUCGAUUGUGUAGAGGCAAGAGUGGUCAAGCAUCAUAGCCUGCAUGGGGAGGCUAUCAGACUGCUUAGACGCGUCGGCAGCAACGUUGUCGCGGUGGACGAGGGCGGAAAGGUGAGUGGAGCAGCUAUUCUACCCAAGGGAUGCAGCUCACAUCUCGGUCUUUCUUUGUGCUGCUUCAGAUCAGCGUCUGGCCGGCCGCUCGCGUUGACGGAUCGAACCUUGACUCGCCGCCGAUCACGCAACGCAUCUCCCUCGAGAAAGCUUCGACCAUCUUCAUCGUUGGCGAUCAGCUGUGGGUCUCGUGCGGACCCGACACGCGAAGCGGCGUGACUUCGAGCGGAGCUCAUGCGAAGAGCACGUUGAGGAUUAGAGUGUUCAAUCCGUUGAGCGAGACGCAACCUUUCAAUGCGGUAUCGAGACCUGUUGGAAUGACGCCUGAUCAGCUCAAGGAAGGCGUCGGAGCUGUCACUGCCGGGACCGUCAUACCUUCCCACUCGGACAAGGUCUAUCUUGCGCACGAUUCUGGACAUGUGAGUACAUACGUGCCUCGCGGUCGCUUCGAGGCUCGGACGGGGAGCAUACUGACGUGGCGCUACUUUGUGACCUGUGAUUGUAGAUUUCGGUCUGGUCACGAUCGACGUACUCUUGCGUCGUUGUGCAGAAGGUGCUUCCGCAUGGCAUCAGCGCUCUCCUAGGUGUUGACAACGUACUCUGGAUGGGCAGCAGGGAUGGCUUUAUACACGUGCUGGACGUGUCUGGGCCCGUACCGUGGGUGUUCCUCAAGCGAUGGAAUACCGGCGACCCCGUGGUCAGCUUGCAAAUCGAGACUUCUUCACUCGACAUUGGUCAAAUGGUGGUGCUCUCCACUUCUAGCGACAGCGUUCGAGCCUGGGAUGGUACACUGGCGCAGGAUUAUGUGGACCAGAGGUUGUCGGAACCCUCGCUGGAAGCCCGAUUCAGCUCUUUUAGACAUCUUAGACUCCUUCAAGUGUCUUACAACAUCGACUCGGCUUCGCCCGAAGCUCUAAAUACUGCGGACAGCGUAGGUUGGUUGCGAGAUGUUCUGACCAGCACACAGCUCCCGGACGUCAUUGUCUUUGGACUGCAAGAAGUCGUCGACUUGACGGAUAGGAAAGUGGGAGCGAAGAGCUUAUUGCUGGGAUCCAAGGCCAAGCAUGCGCCCGAGCUGGCUGAUCGCAUAUCGACGCAGUACAGGGCCUGGGAACAAAAGCUGGUGCAAUCCGUCAGGGCAGUCAUGCCGCCCGAAGAACCGUACGACGUCAUAGCUGGCGGACCCAUCUUUCUCGUGGGACUUUUUCAGAUCGUCUUUGUAAGACGCAGAGAGAUGGCCAGCGUGAAACAUGCUGCUGUUGCCACCGUCAAGACUGGCUUUGGAGGAAGAGCGGGAAAUAAAGGAGUGACCAUCACUAGAUUCGUCCUAGAUGAUACCAGCAUCGCAUUUGCCAAUUGUCACUUGGCAGCAGGUCAAUCGAAAGUGAAGCAGAGAAAUGCCGACUUGGCCGAGGUGAGUCAGGGAUCUCGGCUGUGGGACGGAGUGCUCCGAAUGGCAUGACUGUCGCUCAAAGAUCUUGCACGUUCCCCCUCUUACCUACUUGCCCCGGCUAGAUCCUCGAAGCGACUCCUUUUGAUGGCAUCCUCGCGGAUCCCUCCGCCUUUAUGGGAGGCGGCGAUGGAGCAAUGCUCUGUGACCACGAGGUGAGAAGUACGCCGGUUUUCCCCUACUAGGCGCAGAAGACAUUGUCCUCAUCGUGCGCUCCUCCUUCCCUCUUGAUCUCGCUUGCAGCUUCUGUUCCUCUCCGGAGAUCUCAACUACCGCAUCGACGAGAAGCGCUCGGCGUGCGUGGCACACGUGGAGAGCGGUCGACUUGACCCGCUCUUGACCAAGGAUCAGCUCUUGCGAGAGAUGCGACACAAUCCCACCUUUCGAUUAAGAGGCUUUCAAGAGGCUCCCAUCACUUUGUGAGUUCUUUGAGCUACACGCAUGUUGAUCUGAACAGCACUGAUAGGUACUUGUGCUUGCUCUUUGUAGCCCUCCGACUUACAAGUAUGUGCGCAAUAGCACGGAGUGGGACAAUUCGGCCAAGAUGCGCGUACCUGCUUGGUGCGAUCGCAUACUUUGGCUAGGCCGCGAAGCCGACCGCGUCCGAUCGCUGCAGUAUAGACGUUGGGAACCGAUGUGCAGCGAUCAUAGACCCAUGUGAGUACAUGUAAGCGCUGAGCGAUACAUUUCAAAGAUGUCUCGAGACUGACGAUACUUUUUCCUUUUUGGCGCUGUAGCUCGGCUGCGUUCGAUAUUAGGAUCAGACGCGACGACUUGUCCGAGAAGAAGGCUGCGCAGGCUCAAGUUGCCUACGAAUGGCAAGCCGUACAGGCGCAGCUACUCAAACGUGCCAUUGUGAGUUGUGGAGAAGGCUGGCACGAGCGCUUUCUUUGAUUGAUCUUACGAAUACUGACGCUGCGCUGUGGACUGCUUGAAUGCUUUAGAGCUACUAUACCGCUUACUUGUGA